AUGCAACAACUUCCACCAAGUACGAUAAUUAAUUCUGUCAUAGAUAUUAUUGAACAGGAAAGGCAUCGAGGUGAUAAAACAUGCCAUGGUUGUGAAGAAAACUCAUCAACAAACAGGUGUGUAGACUGUGCUAUGGAUUUGUGUACAACGUGCACCAAAGUUCACAGUAAAAUGCCAGAAACUAUUGAGAAAUUAACAAAAAUAAUAAAACAGGAAGAAAGCAGUCACUUGAGUAAAUUAAAAACUGAUUAUGAAAAAAUUAAUGAGGAAAUCAACAAAACAAGAAACCAGUAUGAAACAACUGAGGAACUACUGACAAGUACAAUAACGUUUAUAAACAAUUUACUAGAAUAUAGCAGUGCUGCACAGCUGAUGAAAACUAGUAAAGACACAACAAAUCAACUGGAAACUAUGAUGUCACUUGACACAACAUGGAAUGAUAAAAAUAAAUCACUUCCACGGUUUUAUCCUGGCGACAUCACACUGAAAGGCAUGCUGGGAACAUUUCAGUCUAUGGAGGUAGAUUCUGUCUCACAUUCAUAUCAGCAAACACAAAAAUCAUCACAUAUCAAUGCACCAAUGAAAUUAGAGAAAACCAUUGGGGGACGAGGAUAUAGUAAACCAGUCAGACCCAUAGAUGCAGCAGUAUCAGUAGAUAAUACAUACUUCAUUACAGAUGGGUCAUGGGUACUCAAUGAAGGAAAUAAUCAGGUGAGUGUAUGUAAUCAAUAUGGGAAGGUUAUAAAGUGUUUUGGUGGGAAAGAAUUACAGAAUCUGUGUGGAAUUGCUAUCAACCAUAAUAAUGGUAUUGUAUAUGUGGUUGAUAGAGAUGCACAUUGUAUAAGAUUAUAUGAAAUAACAGGUUUUAAGUAUAUUAAGUCAGUUGGUAGUAAGGGUCAAGGGUCAUGUCAGUUCAAAUACCCACGGUUUAUACUUAUUAAUAGUAAGGGAUGUCUAAUAGUCUCAGAUGCAGGGAACGAUCGUAUUCAGGUUCUCACAUCUGAUGGUGUAUUUAUGUCUGCAUUCAGUGGCCGUCCAAACGACAAGUUUAACUGCCCAUGUGGAGUUACUACUGAUAAGAAUGAUAAUAUUUAUGUAUGUGAUUACAGCAACCAUAGAGUGCAGAUGUUUAACAGUAAAGGUGUAUUUAUAACCAAUAUUUCUAGUGGUAGAGAAGUAUUGCUUCGACCUACAGCUGCAGUAAUUACUGAUGAUGGUAAAGUUGUAGUCACUGAUUGCACGUAUUGUAUUAAAAUCUUUUCAUAA